AUGGUAACGACGCUGGGCCCGAAGAUGGCGGCUGAGUGGGGUGGAGGAACCGGUUCUUCGGGUUCGGGCCUGAGCCCAAGCCGGUGGCUUUGGAGCGUUUCUUUUUGGGUUCGAGGGGUUUUACUUCUGUUGGGCGAACUCCGCACAAGCUCCACGUCUAUUCAAGUCUCCUUGGACAGUUCUCCUUGCCGGCACCACGUCCCCUAUGACACUGAGGUCAUAAAUAAGGUCCACCUUAAGGCAAACCAUGUUGUAAAGAGAAAUGCUGAUGAACAUCUAAGAAUCAAGACUGUCUAUGAUAAAAGUAUAGAAGAGUUGCUGCCUGAGAAAAGAUAUCUUGUAAAGAACAAACUUUUCCCACAAGCUAUUUCUUAUUUAGAGAAGACUUUUCAGGUUCGUAGACCUGCAGGCACUAUCUUACUUAGCAGACAAUGUGCAACAAACCAGUACCUCCGGAAGGAAAAUGACCCCCAUAGAUACUGCACUGGGGAAUGUGCAGAGCAUACGAAAUGCGGCCCUGUUAUUGUUCCUGAGGAACACCUCCAGCCAUGCAGGGUCUGCCGUGGGGGUAAGUGGCCCUGUCCAGCAGUGGGUGCGCAAGACCAAGAGGGCAUCCGGGAUGCAGACUUUGUUCUUUAUGUUGGUGCUCUGGCCACCGAGAGGUGCAGCCAUGAAAACAUCAUCUCUUAUGCAGCUUAUUGCCAGCAGGAAGCAAAAAUGGACAGGCCUAUUGCGGGAUAUGCUAACCUGUGUCCAAAUAUGAUCUCUACCCAGCCUCAGGAAUUUAUUGGAAUGCUGUCCACAGUGAAACAUGAAAUUAUUCAUGCCUUGGGUUUCUCUGCUGGACUAUUUGCAUUCUACCAUGAUAAAGAUGGAAAUCCUCUUACUUCAAGAUUUCCAGAUGGUCUUCCACCUUUUAAUAAUAGUCUUGGAUUAUAUCAGUGGAGUGAUAAAGUAGUUCGAAAGGUAGAAAGAUUAUGGAAUGUUCGAAAUAAUAAGGUAGUGCCUCACACUGUGUAUCUCCUAGUAACACCUCGUGUUGUGGAUGAAGCCAGAAAACAUUUUAACUGCCCAAUUUUGGAAGGAAUGGAACUUGAAAAUCAAGGUGGUAUGGGCACUGAGCUCAACCAUUGGGAAAAGCGAUUAUUAGAGAAUGAAGCAAUGACUGGCUCUCACACACAGAACCGAGUCCUCUCUCGAAUCACUCUGGCAUUAAUGGAGGACACUGGCUGGUAUAAAGCUAAUUACAGCAUGGCUGAGAAGUUAGACUGGGGCCGAGGCAUGGGCUGUGACUUUGUCAGGAAGAGCUGUAAAUUCUGGAUUGAUCAACAAAGACAAAAGAAACAGAUGCUGAGCCCUUACUGUGACACACUCAGAAGUAAUCCACUGAAGUUAACCUGCAGACAGGACCAGAGAGCUGUUGCUGUGUGUAAUUUGCAGAAGUUCCCAAAACCUUUACCUCAAGAGUACCAGUACUUUGAUGAACUCAGUGGAAUACCUGCAGAAGAUUUGCCUUAUUAUGGUGGUUCAGUAGAAAUUGCUGACUAUUGUCCUUUUAGUCAGGAAUUUAGUUGGCAUUUGAGUGGUGAAUAUCAGCGGAGCUCGGAUUGUAGAAUAUUGGAAAAUCAACCAGACCUUUUUAAAAACUAUGGUGCUGAAAAAUAUGGACCUCAAUCAGUUUGUCUAAUUCAGAAAUCAGCAUUUGUUAUGGAAAAGUGUGAGAGGAAGCUGAGUUAUCCAGACUGGGGAAGUGGAUGUUAUCAGAUUUCUUGUUCACCUCAAGGUCUAAAAGUUUGGGUCCAAGAUACUUCAUAUUUGUGUAGUAGAGCCAGGCAGGUGCUCCCUGUCAGUGUUCAGAUGAAUGGCUGGAUUUACGAUGGAAACCUACUCUGCCCAGCAUGUUGGGACUUCUGUGAGUUCUGCCCUCCGGAAAGAGAACCUCCAGCCAGUAACUUGACCCGAGCUCUACCACUGGAUCUCUGUUCCCGUUCCUCCAGCUUGGUGGUUACACUCUGGCUUCUGUUAGGCAAUCUAUUUCCUCUGCUGGCUGGAUUUCUUCUGUGCGUGUGGCACUAGGAAGUGAAAAGUGAAUUCUCAAGACAUUCUUUUGUGUCAUGUUCCUCUGAACAAAGCACAGAAUCUGGAUGAGUGCCAGCUUAUGCAGAGGCAGAGUGGCAUUCUUGACUGAGUUGGAAGUAUUGACUACAAUCAGACCUUGAAGCUGAGCUUCGUAGCAGUCACGCCUCAUCAACACAACAGCCUCACAGCUUGGAGAAAGAGAACGAAUUCCAAGUCACCAAGUCUCUUUACCUUUCAGGAUACAUCACCUUCUUGAUGUUUUCCUUUGAAAAUGGGAUAGUUGGUGAAAUUUUCAGUGAUUACAUACCUCAGCAUUUUCAUUAACCUAAAGUGAUGGGAAAGUUUAUCAAUACUUUACUAGCUUAAAGAGAAAAUAAUUAUGACAAGAUUAUAAACUGUGGGUUCUGUCCUCACAAGUAUGAAUUUCCCUUUAACUUAGAAAAAACAAUUGAAUUGGGAUUUCACAAUUAUACCUACUUGAAUGUAAUGAUCAUGGUACACUUAAAAUCAUUGCUCUAAAGAGUUUCUUUUCAUUAGAUUUUGUUAAAUCUUAAUGAGUUAAUCAUGCCUGCCUUUUGCAAAACAGCUGUAUGGCAGUUUACUACUGAAGAACCAUUGUAUGGGCCCUCUUCCAGCUGUGUCUGGGCCCACUGAUAUUCAGAUCUCCACUUCCAAUUGCAUUGACUUUUAGAAUUGUGCAAGCAGAGAAAGGAAUGCACUCUGCCCUGUAAAAACACUGAAGACCUGCAAACAGAAGAAAACAUAAUUAUGUUUUUCAAACAAUUGUUAUGACAAUUAUAAUCCAACAAAAAUAGAACCAUUCCCUUUUGACCAAUGAUGACAAAAAGAAAUUCUAGUAUAGACAGGUAAGCAGUUGUUUUCAAGUGGGAAUAGAAAUUGUUACAGGAGAUUUCUAUAUCUGAAAAUUUUUUUAUGUUUAAGAAGAAAAAUAUAAGCCAAACAAGAUGGUCUGAUCGAUUUACUAAUAGCAAAGUAUAGGUUUAAUCUGGACCUAUCCAGUAGGGUCCACUUUACCACACAAUGUGUGGCUCAGUCCAUAGAAGUCUGAGAUUGUCUUUUAUUUAAAAGGAGGUAGUGUCCUUUACCUAUUGGAUUGACACUCCUGUUACCACAGAGAUAGUGGUCCCAGAAGCCAUUUUGCUCCGGUACCAGAACUUAUAAACUCCACCUAAUAAUUCCAAUUUGAAAUUUUUCAGUGAUGAAUAAUGCCAACGUUAUUCUCUCUAAAGCUAAUGAAUAGUCCAGUGGCAUUAUUAACAAAGCCUUUGGACAGUGUUUACUCGCUCAUUCCUUCAUUCAUUCAUCUGUUGGUUGGCUCUUUAAUUCAGCCUAUAGCUAUCAAACACUGAACUUAAGGAACUGUGCUAAGUGAACAAGCAGCAUAAUCAUUACGGAGCAAUUCUGACAUUUUGGCAUUAGAGCCAAAGAGCAGGCCCGGCAUAAAGGAAGGUCACCUUUCUUCUUCUUUUUUAAAUGCAUAACUUUAAAAUACAUAUUUGCAUGCUGUUUUAAGUUGGAGGUAUUUGUCAUUGUGAAAAGCUGGGGGUCUCUAAUGUGGUCAGCUUCAGCUCCAGAGAAGCUAAAAGUAAUGGUGUUCAGCCAGUCCUCUAUUUUCAGCAUAUGUUAUAUUUAAAUUAUGUCAGGUUGGAGAAAAGAUGUAGCCUAUAUUUUUAAAAGAAAAUUAUAAAAAUCUAAACUUACAUUCCUAUUAUGAUUAUGAACCACCCUGCAAAGUAUAAAGAAUUUAACCAAAAAUACUAUGGAUUAAUAUAUUUGAGAUUUACAGUGAUAAGUUGGAUAUAUUUUGACUGUUGUGCAGUAAUACCAUUUAGGUAGUAUUAUUUCCAAGCAUGGUGCUUUUUAUACUUGAAAUAUAUUUUUGCUUUAUUUUUUAUUGAUAUAAUUAUAUUUGCACUAAUGACUUUCUGGAGAAAAUAUUAUAGAUGACAUUUUUUUCUAUACUUAUUAAGCUUGGAAUCUGGUGACCCAGUGUUUUCUCUUCACAAAUAUGAAACUUGAUAAAGUUAUGUUAUAAAAUACUGAGUUUCUGAUGGUAGCUAACUACACUGGUGUCUUUCUUCUUCAAGUCUUGAAGUCUCACUGGUACUACAUAGAAUACUUGGCAAACAUUUAGAAGACCACUGAACUGUAUGAAAUUUUAAUAGGCACUCUUUAUUACUUAGAAUCCCCAUUAUAUUUUUAAAACAGUUAUUACUUAGAAUCCCACAAUAUUUUUAAAACAGUUUCUUUUAAAAUUGGAGAUUUCAGUGCAGAAUUAGUGGGCUAGAAUUCAGAAUUUAAAAUGGCCUAAAUAUUUUAUCCUGUGGCAGGUUAUGCCCUUCAUGUUAGCAAAAGCAGUUCACUGAGAAAGAGACUGCAGACUCCAGUGGUGAAAUGAGGUGGGACAGAGCUAGAGAAUGGGCAGUCCUUGAUUUGAGGAUAGUAGACUGGUGUUCUUUCUGACUCAAAAAGAGUCAAGAGCUUAUAAAAACUGACUACCUCAGUUUUUAGAACAGAUUGCAGUUCAUUUGAUAGUAUUAUGGUUCCAGUUGUCAGAAUUAUCAAGUGACUUUGCCUUUUGGGUGUUUAAAGGAAUUUAUAGGAAGGAGGCAUGUCAUUGGACUAGAACUGAGUCUUUCAUGAAACUCACUCGUAGUUAGGUAAUAUUAAUGGGGACCCUUCGAAUAUUUGCCUGAAACACAUUCUUUUCCCUUAAUUUCUUUCUGAAGAAUAUGUUUAUUAAUACCAAAUACAUGUUCUAAAAAUAUUACAAACUAUGCUUAAAGUUGUUUUUGAGCCUAACAUUUUGGCAUCGACUAUAUCCAUAUUUGAUAAAUUCGUAAAGUCUAAAUAGCUUUAGGAAGAUACAUAAGUAAUUUGACUAAUCUAUAAAAUUUUAUUCAUAUUCUCUUCAGUAUUAGAAGACUCACCAAUUGCGUGUUCACUAGAUGCUUUCUCAGGCUUGCUCUAGUAUGCCACGGCUAAUCCCGUCCUGAAUUGCUAGGUCUCCGCUGGCUCAGUAGCACUCUCGUAGUGCGCCAGCCUGCACAUCUUAUUCAUCAUAGUGUCCUGUGCCCGUUGCCUUGGCCCUGUCCCUGGCUUUGGAUAUUAAUUGGAAAGAGAAUAGCCCAUCUUUGAGGGCUGCUAAAUAGUCCUGGUAGAAGAGGUGGACUUCCCCACAACCCUACAGAUGCAUUUCAGAGUGGACACCAUUCAUGUUAAGGGCCUGUGCCCCAAAGAGUGACAUUGUAAUUAAGUCUGUGCUACUCAUUCUGAAGAAAGAACCUACCUGAAAGGAUGACUUUGUUUUUUUCUGUAAUACAUGUAGUCAGGGUUGAGGAGAAUGUGGUAAAUUAUUUUCUUUUAUGUUUACAUUUUUGACAAAAAGGAAAUUUUAGAACUAAUCUUUAUUUAUGUUAUUGAACUUUAAGUGUAAUAUAUUCCCUAGAAAAACUUUAAUAAAUAUGGCAAUUAAUCUGCAUCUUGUCUUUACUUAACAUUCAGUUUUUCUAAAACCUGGAUGAGGAACACAAGACACAGUCAUGCACUCUUACUUUGGAAGGACAAGGUGAUUAUUACAAAACAUACUUCAGUUUUUACUGUAACUGAAGUAAAAUUGUUCUAUUUAGAGAAGUGGAAUUGGUCUUAUGUAAAGGGAGCAGCCCUCCUUAAAUAGGUAAACAGGAAAGUGCAGACUAAAACAAUUUAGAGUGACCCAUCUCUGGCUGAAGAGUUUUCCUGUCCUUUUUUUCUCUACUAUGGGCACCUGAUGUGCAGGGGUGUCCACUGGAGUGUGGCCAUAGCCAUGGAGUGUGACUCUUCUUCAUAACCUGAAGGUGGUGCAAGAGCAUGUGUGCCCGACCACAUGGAGCCAAGCACUUUGUGAAACUCAUUAAACUCAGUUUGGGAGACCUACCUGCUAAGCUAUUUGUGGGAAAUU